CGUUAAAUCGAGGACCUAUAUAAACCCAAACAUAAAAACCCUAAUUUCCCCACUUCCACUGCAACUCCGCCAGUCGCCGAUUCUCUUUCUCGCUCUCUCUCCCUCCCUCUCUCCCUCUGCGAAUUAGGGUUUUUCUUCGUCUUCAGCAAAACAUGGCGGAUGUGGAGGCUGACGUUGCGGCGGCAGGAGUCCCAAAGAAGAGGACGUUCAAGAAGUUCAGCUUCAGAGGCGUAGAUUUGGAUGCGCUUCUCGAUAUGUCGACUGAUGAGCUUGUCAAGCUCUUCCCUGCCAGGGCUCGCAGAAGGUUCCAGAGAGGUUUGAAGAGAAAGCCAAUGGCUUUGAUCAAGAAGCUUCGCAAAGCUAAAAGGGAGGCCCCACCUGGUGAGAAACCGGAGCCUGUUAGAACUCACCUCAGGAACAUGAUCAUCGUACCUGAAAUGAUUGGUAGCAUCAUUGGUGUGUACAACGGCAAGACCUUCAACCAGGUUGAGAUCAAGCCUGAGAUGAUCAGUCAUUAUCUUGCUGAGUUCUCCAUAAGUUACAAGCCUGUCAAGCACGGAAGGCCCGGUAUUGGUGCCACUCACUCUUCCAGGUUCAUUCCCCUCAAGUGAAGUUUCUACUUCCUCCUUGAUCACUUGUUCCCUGAUAUCAGAUGUUGAGACCCUUUAAUUAAGUUAUGGAUUUGGAUUUUCCUUUAUCGAUAUCUUUUGAAUGUUUUAUCGUUCUGUAAACAAUGUCAAAGUCGACCGGCUUGUAGGAUUUAUCGGAUAAAGAUUCUCUUUCAAUCAAGUUUAUUAGUAUCUGAA